CAUCUCUGCUGCACUAGCAAAACCCUCUCUGUUAAACCCCAAUCCUCUCUCUCACUCUCUGUGCACUUGCAAAUCUCAAAGAUCAAAGCGAUUCUUCUCUCUCCUUUCCUAGUAUUCUUCCAAUGAUGGCUGACGAUGCGGACUCUGAUGCAUGCGUUGGGACCAAGAGGAGAAUGACAGAGAUCGAAGAAACUCUUCUUCAGCAACAAGAAGAACCCUCCGCUUCUAUCUCUGCGCAAGAGGAAGAGGUUUCAAAAGAAUCGUCUUUUACUUCUUCAUCCCCACAAGAAGACCAAGAAAUCGUGCAAGACAUUCACAGUCCCACUUCCUCUAAGAAGGUUAAAUGCUCUGUCAUUCAACCUUACAAUUGUAUUGAAGAGAAUCAAGGAACUUUAGGUUGUGUUGAUGAGGGCAAGGUCAUUUCUUGUGAUUUGGUUUCUUCGUCUAUUGGAUGUGAAGGGAACAUUGCAGAUUUUGCCAGAACAGUUGAGAAUUUGGGUAUGCAGGUGCAAGAAACAAAUAAUUGUAUGAUGGAUUCUGUCUUUGGUAGUGAAAAAGGCCAAGGAGAGAUUGAAGGGACCCUCAACGAUGGGAAGAGUGAGAAAGAAGGGCAGCUGGGUUCUGCCAAAAGUGAAAUGGGUUUCCAUGGAGCUGAAGAAGUUGAUAAACAUAGAGCCUUAGACUUAGGAGAUCACAAAGGAACUGAAAUUGAAAUAGGUUCUGUCAUUGUAGAGGAGUGUUUCGUGAAGGGAAAAGCGGAAGCAGAGACUUUGCUGGACGCCAAAAAGAAGCAAUUAUUGGCAAAACUUGAGGCUGGUUCAAUCUUUAAAGAUAAAAGCCAUAUGGAAAAGGUUCCGGUUCCCAACCUUACUGCAGGAAUCUUGGAGGGUCUCAAAAGAAUUGACGAAUCUGUUAGACCUUCACUGAAGGUCGAAGUAAUUGAUGAUACAGCACUGAUUGAGACCGUUCCAGUCCCCAAAACUGGGAAUGUUGGUGUAAAGGUUGCAGAGAGGAAAGGAAAGAAGAAUGAGAAACAAGAAGCUGAUGAAAAGAAGGCAAAACGACCACGAAGAAAAGGGAAGGAUGGGAAAAAGAUUUUGGAGCCUAGUUAUGAACAAAACCAGAUGAUCCCAGUUCGCAAAGCCAUCAAUAACACGAGCCAGGUUGGUGAAGCUCAAAAUGGUGGUAAAAAGGACGGGGAUCAAAUAAGAAAAUACUCAAGAGAGGAGAUGGAAGCCCUGCGAUUUGUGAACAUUGUAGACCAGAGAAGGUUGUGGAGACUGAUACACACUGGACUUGGAGAUGCUGUUGUAAAGGAGUAUAAUGACCUGACAGGCUCAAAGCAUCAGAAGAACAUAUGCGUUAACUUUGAUCCUCGUCAGCUCUUUGGAAGGAAGGAAGUUGCCCCUGGAAUUCUUGGGGAAAUGUCUUCUGAGAACGUUGACAGUAAAUUAAAAAACACUGAAGAAGAUGAGGUAGAAAGUUUGAAUAUAUUGGGUCCUUCUCACGAGAGUUUUGGUGGUGAAGAUGCCUGCACUUUUUUGGAAGAAGAGUGCAAUGAAGAUGAGGACAGUGAUGAAGAUUAUGCAAGCAUCCAGAGACCUGCUUUUCUUGUAGAAGGAGAACCAGAUUUUGAAUCUGGACCUCCAGAAGACGGUUUGGAAUAUCUUAGGCGUGUCAGGUGGGAAGCUGCUCAUAUUCCGAAAGUUAAAGUGGCCAAGCAUGAUAAGAGUAAAGUUCAUAAAGAACAAAGUGUUUAUAUGCCCCAGAUUCCUGAGAUUGCCAAGUGCCCGGAAAAUUUAAUGCCAUUGAAGCGAUGGGAGGAUGCAUUUCUUGCUGAUUUUUCAGAGUUAAGGAUGUUUUCAUCACGCAAUGAGGCUUCCGGCACUGAGAUUUCAUGUAAACUGCAGUCCUUGUCUAUUGUUCAUGAGCAGAACACUUCCUCUCCUCAGCUUGCUGAAAGUAUUAUCCUUGAAAAAUUUAAUAACCUUGUAGCUGAUGAAGUCGAUUCCAGUCUAGAUGAUUCCUGUCUCAAUGACACAGUUGACCAAUCAUCUUCAGCAAAUGCUGAAGGUGGUAAAGCAUUAGCAUAUUCUCAGCACAAGUCCCUUAGAAGUUCUACCAGUGAAUCUUCUUCCAACUACCCUACUUUGUCGGCGAUUUUAGCAAUGGAUUCUGUUGCACGAGCAUCAGCGCUUAGGAAACGCAUAACCCAGGCAGAAACCAUGACGACACUAUCAAAAAAUGAUUGUCUAUGGCUCUUUGCUUUAUGUGCAGCAGUUGACACUCCACUGGAUGCUGACACUAGUGCUGCUCUACGAAGCCUCCUCCGCAAGUGUGCUAGCUUGCGAGCGGCAAAGUGUGAACUUGAUGAUGAGGUUAUAAUGCUGAAUAUUCUUGCCACAAUUUCAGGCAGGUAUUUUGGACAGUCUGAAAGCUGAAGCUUGGCAACUAAAAUUCUCUGUUUAAUGAAAUUUUGGUAUUGUUAGACGAGCUAUAUAUUUUAUUAUCUGAUACAAAUUAAGAUGAUGUGGAUGGUGGCUUGAUUUGGUUGUUGGCGGUAUCACUGGUACUGGGAACUUGUUCAUCCUUGAUUCCAGUCUACUUGCCAUGUUCCAUAAUUUUCAUCCUUGGGUUGGUUUGGCUCAAUUUUAAUUGCAUUUGAAGGAGUGUUAAUGUUUCA